AUGCCUAACACAGUCACGGACGUGAAAAAUUCCGCUUAUUGGGAGAACGGCCAGUAUCUGUACGAGUGGGAUCGCGAACGUGGCGAUAGGUAUACGGAGGCUGCAGAGAAGGCUCAAGAAGUCAGAUGGAAGAGGCUCAUGGCAAACCGGCCUCCUCGGGAUGUCCUUCCGAGGAAGCUCCUCCCCGGUCCUGACCGUAAACCCCCGCUCUACCACUAUGGCUUCCCGUUUACUCGGACAUACGCACUGGAUUACGUCUGCCAUCGCCACCUACCCGUUGACAUCCCAGAAGAAGACAGAGAGGAGUUCGGUGGUCGCCAACGAGGAUAUGCAGGUCUUCGCGAUGUCUAUAUCCUCCUUCCUGAUGGUCAAGGACCUGAGGGGAAGUGCCACUUUGGCCUUAAUCACGGCCGUCCAUUCAGCUUGGAGUGGGAUGGUAUUGUAUCUCUGUGGACGAACUACAACUUCGACGAACGAUACGCAUACUGCCCUGACGACGAGAAGGUCAUAAAGACUAUAAAGGAUGCUCUAGCCGAGGUUGAGGGGCGUAGAUCACUCAAGGCACAAUGGUGGUUCGACUGGGACAAUGAUGUUGGGCUCUUCCACCUCCAAUGACUGACAUCGCUAUCAAUGUCAUUUGCCAGCGCGCCCUACGAACGACAAUGUCUCUGAAUAGCUCUCCACUGUACACAAUAUCGGCCUGCUUUAUCUGUCUUCAGGAAUGCCUCCCAUCACAUGGAGCUCCGACCAUGUCAGUGUUGGCAGCAUGCCAUCCUUUCCGCGGACAAUGGUCAAUACCUCACGAAUGGCUAUCCUUGAUUGGGACAAUGAUGUGACAGUCUCUUCUGGAAGAUCUCCUAUGUGCAUCGUUUCCCUAUAUGUAGGAUCACCAGUAGUCACG